AUGGUCAACAUAUUCCAACGCCUGACUCGACGCCGAGCCCAGAGCUCCAGCAGCAGCCCACUAUAUUUAGACGCAGAUACUACGGGCCCCAACUCCGCAGAAUCCCAUCCACACGGAAUACAUCGGACAGUGAGCACAAACUCCAGCAAACGCAGCUUCCGAUAUGAAGAGCCAUCUCCCCGACAUCUCAUCCUGAUCUCCGACACCGUGCAGUUCGAUACACACGUAGUCCAUCGCUUCCAGGCGGAAGGCUUCCAAGUGAUAUAUCUCCCAUUCCUUGGCAGCGGGGAUGAAGAUAAGGACACAAAAAUGCUGAAGAACAUGGUGCACGAGAAAGAAGACGAACUCGAGAAUGGAGAGCGGUAUGCGAUAGUCGCAUAUCACCGGCCUGCCUACCUUCUCCUAGCCUUACACCACACAAUAGCCAGCAACACAAACCCAUUCCCACACCUAGGUGCCUUGAUAACCUACUACCCCCUCUCCUCAACAGACCAAUUCACCUACAAGGAAAAAGAAAACUGCUCUCCGCCAGGUUGCUCAGACACAGGUUCAAUCUUCGGCCCAGCCUCCAAGUCAACUUAUGUCCCAAUCCAAAUCCACAUCCCAGGCCCACGAGUCCAGCCAUGCGCGUUGUGGCCAUGGAUGGAAGUCAGUGCUACAGAAGGCGACGUUACCUACAAGAAAAAACACCGUUGCUACGUGUACACAUAUCCAGGGUCAAGAGCUGGAUUCGCGGAGCGCGAAGUCGCCGAAGAGAAAGAAGGCGAGGUGGAUGUGGACUUGAACGCGGAGGACGAGAUUAGCUCGCAACUAGCGUGGAGUCGGGCGCUGGCAUGUCUGCGGCGCUCAUUCAAUGUCGGGAGCUACUGGGCUGUUAACGAUAUCGAGACUGUCUGGGAAGAAUACUGGGACCGUGUAACUGGUGAGUUGGAGAUGCGGAAACGGAAUCAAGGUAGUGGUUCUGAGCCGGCGGUUGAGAUGUUGACUGGCCAUGGCCAUUAUGGUGAGAUGGGGUGUCCGGCUGGUGAGGUUUUUGUGAGGUGUAUUCCCACCCAGGCUGGGGGCUCUGAUAUCUCAAGUUUGAGAGAUUUCUUCGCUCAUGCGUAUAUUCCUGCUGGACCGGUUGAUCAGCACAUCCGCCUCUUAUCGCGCACUGUGGGUGCGGAUCGCAUCGUGGAUGAGAUGUUGUUUUCUUGUUGUCAUACCGCUGAGAUUCCAUGGCUGUUGCCUGGUGUUUCGCCGACCGAUCGAGAUAUUAGUGUCAUCAUCGUUGUGGUGGCAAGCUUCACUGCCGGUCAGAUCACACGCCAGACUCUUUAUUGGGAUCAGGCUGGCGUGCUUGUGCAGGUUGGGUUGUUGGAUCCGGGACUUGUGCCGUCGUCAAAAGCUGUCAAAGGCUAUUGA